AGCUUUACUCUCUCUCUCUCUCUCUCUCUCUAGACUUGCAUAUAUAAACAAGUUCUGACAUUGUAUAGCUCAGGACCAUUAAUGAACUUAGAAGCUGUGUUGAAUCAAUUUCUAGGAUUUAAGAACUUUGACUGAGUAAUGAGAACUUGUAGCUGUAGGUAGCUGUCUGUCUAAACUUUUUCUGUGUCUUCUCUGUGGUUUUUUGUUUUUUGGUCUGAAUGUGUCUUCUCUGUGGUUGUGCUGGUGUUCUACUUUUCUUGAGAAAUAAUUAAAAACCCAGAUACGUUUCAAGAUUCGAAGCUGUUUUCUGAGCAAGAAAAGUAAAAUAUCUAUGAGAAAAGUUACCUUUUUUCAAGGUAAAAGCGAAAAACUAGUGGUUAAAGUAGCGGGACUUGGGAUUCACAAUACAAGUAGUGAUUGACAAAGUUACUGUGUCUGGGUUUUGAGACCUCACCAGUUUCAAACUCAUUUCCUGUGGAUGUUCUGGCAUUCAUUAUUCUGGAAUUCAGGCUCAGCCUUUUGAGAUUCCCAGGGAAUCUCUUGGGAUUUGGACUUGGAUUUUUCUUCCAAAUGUGGAAUUGUGGGGAUUUUAGCCGUUAAACAAGGCCAAUGAUGGACAAGUCAAUUUCAACAAAGACAGCCUGUUGUGUCGGUUCUAUAGGGUUCUUCCUUCUGUUUUUAUCCCCAUUCUCUUUUGCCCUAUCUGAAAUUCAAGUCUCAAGAAGAAUCUGAAUUGUUUGAUAUAUAUACUUGAUUUUUAAUUUGUUUGGUUCCUAUCUUGUGUAGUUUGAAAUCAUCAAGGGUAUUUGAGGAGUGGGUCUAAUGCCAUAUUGGUUCUGGGGAGCUUCAAUGGGUUGAUGCUUAUUGACAAUGCGCUUGUUCUGGUGGCAACAGUUGCCUCUGCUUAUACUCAUUCAACUUUUACAACCCAGUAGAACAAGUUACAAAAUAUAUGCUGAAGCUUUCCUGACCUUCAAGAGCAGAGUUGGAAGUCCUGAACUCUCCAGUGGUCAGAUUGGAAAAUAUCCGUGUCUGAAACAAUGGACAUUUCUCAAAUAUUAUAAACUGAAGGAUCCUUGUGUUCCUUUCACAUUUCCUGGUAUCUCUUCAAUUCCCCUGCGGUCUAACAGAGUCAACUUAGCACCAUUUGCUCCAAGACUUUUCAUGUCACAAUCUUCAAUUGAUGUACAAAAAGAGCUCCAUAAACAAAGAAACAGAAGGAUAGCAGACAUAGUUGAUGGGGACGGCAGUGUUCCAACACUCACACCUGUACAAGAAGCUGGUGAUAAAAAACCGAAACAGAAAGUUGCAGCCAUCAUUGGUGGAGUUGCUGCUGCUUUUCUUGUGGUUAUUGUAGUGAUACUAGUUUACAUCUACUUGAUGCGUGUCAAAAGAGUCGUUAGGCGAACAUCUGAUACAUCAUCUUCUACACCAUCCCCCCAUGUUGAAUGGACAAGAGGGGACACAUCCCCCUAUGCCGUUGCUUUAUCUCCAUAUGAUACACACAACUUGAGGCAACUGUCAAUAUUGGAACUGGAGCAAGCUACUAGCAAUUUCAAUGAAAAUAAUAUCAUAGGCCAAGGUAGAUUUGGUUUGGUCUACAAGGGAUUGCUCCAAGAUGGAUCUAUUGUGGCUAUCAAGAGACGCUUACAUGCUCCAACUCAGUAUUUUUUUCAAGAGGUGAAGCACAUAGCUCGUGUGAACCACGUGCAUAUUCUCAGGCUCAUUGGUUAUUGCCAAGAUACAAGUCAACAGUUACUUGUCUAUGAGUAUCUUCCAAAUGGAAAUGUUGGGAAUCAUCUAUAUGAUGCUGAAGGUUUGCCUAUUGGAAAGCUGGGUUUAUGGCAAAGGUUAUUGGUUGCUUUGGGAGCAGCCAAAGGACUUGCACAUCUUCAUAGUUUGGUACCUCCUCUCCUGCACAUGAAUUUCAGGACAAGCAAUGUUCUUUUGGAUGAUAACUUUACACCCAAGGUGUCUGAUUAUGGAUUAACCAGACUGCUAAAUAAGGGUCACUAUGCUGGAUCAUCUUCAGCCAUAGACUGCUUUCUUGACCCAGAGUUAGAUUCAUCGAAGAAAUUUUCAGAAAGAGGUGAUGUGUACAGUUUUGGGGUCUUCUUACUGGAAUUGAUCAGCGGACGUGAAGCAAAUGGCAGAAACCAGUCAAAUUUGGGGGAUAAUUUAUUAUUGCAGGCGAAGGAUUGUGAGGAUUUGGACAGAUUUGUUGAUAAAACAUUAGGAGACUAUACAAUGCAAGCUGCAACAAAACAGAUGAUGGAGUUAGCAUUGAUGUGUAUAGAUGCUAGUGAACAAAGACCACACAUGAAGACUGUUGUUCAAGUGCUCGAACGGAUUCAAGCGAGAGAAAUUAGCCAUUUUCACAUCGAAGUCGAGGAGAUAGGUGCUGUGACUCUUGGUAGUGAACUUUUCAAAUGAGUGCCCUCUGUAACAGUCAUCUUUUCAUUCUUUUAUAGAUUUGAUUGGUUUUUAAUUAGUUACAGAAGAGAAAUAGAUUAUAUAAAAGCAUUCUUGAAGUAUAUAAAUCAAUGAAAAUGGUACAGAUUGAUGGGAUUA